GAGAGAGAGAGAGAGAGAGAUGGAUAGCAAGCAACAGAGUGUCCUAAUGUUGCCAUGGUUAGCUCAUGGCCAUUUAUCACCCUUCAUAGAGCUAGCCAAGAAACUCUCUCAGAGAAACUUCAAUGUAUACUUAUGCUCUACACCUAUCAAUCUAAAACCCUUCAGAGGAUCCAUUUCUCUCAAUCUCUCAGCAUCCCCAAUACAAUUCAUAGAUAUCCACCUUCCUCCCUCGCCACUCCUCCCUCCUCAUUACCACACCACCAAAGAACUCCCUCCCCACCUCCUACCCGCCCUCAACAACGCCUUCGACAACGCCAAACCCGCAUUCCUCACCAUCCUCAGGACCCUCAAACCCGACAUCGUCAUCUAUGAUUUCCUACAACCAUGGGUCCCAAUAGCGGCUCACGAAGAAAACACAGAGGCUGUUGUUUUCGUGACAGGUUGUGCGGCGAGUUAUUCUGUUUUAACUCACUGCACCAAUGAUGCAAACAAGGAUUACCCUUUUCAAGAACUCAACAUCUCGGAAGAUCUGCGCGACAAAGUCAUUCGGUAUUUGUAUGAAACUACGAAUGGUGUCAUAAACAAAGAAAGGUUCCUAGGAUGCAUCGAAAGGUCUUCGAGUUUCGUGUUGAUCAAGACCUCGAACGUGAUCGAGGCCAAGUAUGUUGAUUAUCUCUGUGGUUUAGUAGGAAAAGAGGUUGUUCCAGUUGGGCCUCUAAUUCAGAUCCCAACAAAAAAUGAUGAUGAUGAAGUGAUUAUGGAGUGGUUGGACGAGAAAGAGGUUAGUUCAGUUGUAUUUGUUUCCUUUGGAAGUGAGUGUUUUCUUUCCAAACAACAGAUUGAAGAAAUAGCUCAUGGGUUAGAGCUAAGCAAAGUGAGUUUCAUAUGGGUUGUUAGGUUUCAUGGAGCAGAGAAAACUCGGGUUCUUCAUGAGGUCUUUCCAGAAGGGUUUUUGGAGAGGAUUGAAGAUAAGGGUUUGGUAAUAGAGGGGUGGGCCCCUCAGGCAAAGAUAUUAAGUCACCCAAGCAUUGGUGGGUUUGUGAGCCACUGUGGUUGGGGUUCAACCUUAGAGGGUGUGAUGUUUGGUGUCCCAAUCAUAGCCAUGCCUAUGCGCCUUGAUCAGCCCUACAAUGCCAAGUUGGUGGUGGAGAUUGGUGUGGGCAAGGAGGUCAAUAUAGAGAAUGAGAAUGAAAGGUUUAAGAGAGAGGAAGUGGCAAGAGUGAUCAAACAAGUUGUGGAUCAAGAAGAUGGAAAGGAGGUGAGAAGGAAAGUUAAAGAAUUAAGUGAGAGGAUGAGAGAGAAAAGUGAGGAAGAGAUUGAUUUGGCGAUUGAGAAAUUGGUGCAGCUUGUUAGGAAAUCAUAGAGCUUUGGCAAAAUUUUCAAUAAAUUAUACUUUUUCAUUUCA